UAAAGGCAGCAGAAAGAAGCGUGUUACACAGGCUAAUAACGACUGGUUCAAGAUAUACAUAGCCUAAAUGUCAAAUAGCGUUUUGUUUGGUAUCCGUAUAUUUAUUUCCCAUUAAUUCAGUGUCAGAGAAAUAUUUAUUUCUAGUUUGCUAGCUCAACGACGGUUAUAUCUGAGGGGGUCCGAUUUUCCCUCCUCUUCAGAGGCAUUACGAUGCCCUCUGAUUUUAUAUCCCUACUCAGCGCGGAUCUCGACUUGAAUUCCCCCAAAUCCCUAUAUUCCAAAGAAUCAGUGUAUGACCUUCUCCCCAAAGAGCUGCAGCUGCCAUCCUCCACUCAGCAAAACCCAGCAGCAGCCAUGAGCCAGAAGAGCGGUGGAGAGGCGGUUCCUCCUCCCUCAGCGGCCCUUGACUCAGAUGCCACCACCGUCUCCUCUUCUAUGACCAUGGAAGGCCCUCGCAGUGCUUUUCCCACCUCUUCCAGCUCCAUCGUGCACUCCACUACCUCAGCCACCGACCAGACCUCUGCUCACACCGGCAUCGCCGCUCCAGACGAAGGUGUAAGUAGCAGAGUGGUGGCGGAGAUGCUUGGCGCCGAGGGCGGGACUGGCAACAGUGGGAGUGCUGGUGGCGGCAGGGCUGGCGGCGAGAAAGGAGGAGGGGCCGGAUCCCUAGGUGGAGGAGGAAGAGGGGGGGCAUCCCAGGAGGCCCAGCAGCACCACCAGAUGACCCCCUCCAAGCGGCGGACGGUGCUGAACAUCUCGCCUCCGCCCGAGGACCUGUUUGACGACAGCCGCAUGUCCUGCCAGGAGGAUCAGCUCCAGGACUCCGAGCAGAGCAAUAGCAUCUGGAUGGAUGACUCCGCCUCUAACUUCAGCAUUGUCAGCUCCAGCUCCUACAACGACAACACAGAGGUGCCCCGGAAGUCCCGCAAGCGCACCCCCCGCCAGCGACCUGGGCCCAAGCCUGCCUCAGCCGAGGAGGCCAGCAUGGACGUGUUUGAUGCAGACAGUGCCAAAGGGCCUCACUUUGUGCUCUCACAGCUGGGCUCAGACAGCAAGGCCUGUACCAAAGGAAGUUCGGCAGAUGGCUCCCAAACAACCCAUCAAAAAGGUGGGACCCUAGCGAGCCAGUUCCCUCAGAAGAGUGAGGGCAAGGAGCUGAAGAUCCUGGUCCAGCCUGAGACCCAGCACAGAGCCCGCUACCUGACUGAGGGCAGCAGGGGGUCAGUGAAGGACCGCACUCAGCAGGGCUUCCCUACCCUAAAGCUGGAGGGUGUGAAUGAGGCAGUGGUGCUGCAGGUGUUUGUGGGUAAUGACGCUGGGCGUGUGAAGCCACAUGGGUUCUACCAGGCCUGCAGGGUGACUGGGCGCAACACUACAGCCUGCAAGGAGGUGGACAUCGAGGGCACCAUUGUCAUUGAAGUGUCCCUGGACCCCAGCAAUAAUAUGACCCUGGCGGUGGACUGCGUGGGGAUCCUGAAGCUGCGUAACGCUGAUGUGGAGGCUCGUAUCGGGGUGGCCGGCUCCAAAAAGAAGAGCACGCGUGCCAGGCUGGUGUUUCGGGUCAACAUCCCCAGGCCGGACGGCUCGGUGCUCACGUUACAGACACCGUCGUCCCCCAUCCUGUGCACCCAGCCUGCAGGGGUGCCUGAGAUUCUGAAGAAGUCCCUCCACAGUUGCUCGGUGAGGGGGGGUGAGGAGGUCUUCAUCAUUGGGAAGAACUUCCUCAAGGACACCAAAGUCAUAUUCCAGGAAAAUGUAUCAGAUGAGAAGUCUUGGAAGGCAGAGGCUGAAAUUGACAUGGAGCUGUUUCACCAGAAUCACUUGAUUGUGAAGGUUCCUCCUUACCAGAACCCAGCCAUCGCGUCUGCAGUGUGUGUGGGAAUGUACGUGGUGACCAAUGCUGGCCGAUCCCAUGACGUGCAGCCUUUUACAUACACUCCAGAACCAGUGGACAUAUCUGUGAAGAAAGAAGUUCCAUCUCCAGGCAAGCCCUGCUCUUUUGAUCAACGGAUGAAAGUAAUUGAUGGUGCCUUGAUGCCCCCAAUGUUGCCUCUUGUGAAGAGAGAAGAGGUCACUCCAAUGGAGGUCUCCAGCAACCUCUCUUCUGCUGGCGUGUUCAAGCGGACCCCCGAUGUCAUGUGUUCGGCCCAGCAGACGCUGGACAUGAGUUCCAACCUUCCCCCCAACAACAGCCCGUUCUCCAACUCCUUGCCGCGGCCUGCCAGUGACCCUGACGAAUCCCAAACAGCAGUCUUCAACACUGCAGAGGCCCUGAGCACCAUACAGAAGCAGGACAUCGCUCCCACCAACUCCUUUCCCGUGCCUGCAGACUCUCUACUCCAACCUGGACCUCAGCAGUUCCUCCUGGAGCCCAGAGAGGGGCUGGGGCAGGACAGGGCUGGCAACAAUGCUGGGGCGGUAGGGAGGCUCAGUCAACAUGUGGAGGCCCCUCAACCUGCCCCCCAGCAGCACCAGCUGCCCGUAUUCCCCCCAGACGAUGUGGCCCAACUGGAACAAGCAGUGAGACAACUGCAGGCCAAAGGGUACUGCAGCCAACAGCAACAGCGACAACAGCAACAGAUUCAACAACAACAAAUUCAGCAACAACAGCAGCAACAAAUUCAGCAACAACAAAUUCAGCAACAGCAACUACAGCAACAACAACAGAUUCAGCAGCAACAGAUUCAGCAGCAACAAAUUCAACACCAGCAGCAACAACAGCAAGUGUUGGAGAACCUGCGGCAAGAGCUGUUUAAAUCACAGAUGCCAAUGCAUUGUGGCAUAUUCCAGGGCGGUUCUCGAGGUGAGAACGCUGAACAGCAGGGUUCCCAGCAGGGCAUGGUGCAGAACCAUGGUUCCGUCUUUCAGCAGGCCCAACAACAGCAGCAGCAGAGGCAACAACAGAAACAGCAGCAGCAAGCAGCACUCUUUCAGCAAGCCAAUGAGCUCCUCUCCAUUCAGACCAACUUCCUCCAUCAGACCCCUUCUCAUCCCUCUCCACCCCUCUUCCAUAACCCCAGCCCCCUGGCUGAGGCACAGGACCCACAGGGGGCGCUGUUCCACACUCAGAAGGCCUCUCCCACCCAGGAGCAGGUCCAGGCAACCCUCUUCCAGAACACCCUGACAGUGUUGAGUAGGACCAGCCUCUCCCCAGAGCAGCCCCCCUCUGUCGCCAACCUGUUCCUCCCCCAGAGUGCCCUGCCUAGGCAGCUCUCCGCUAGCGGCAGCCAGCAGCAGCAGCUGGCCUUCCUCAGUGCCCUGCAGACCUCUGCCCCUGAGCCCCAGUCAGUGUUCCAGGCUCAGACCCAGCUUUCCCCCAUCCAGCAGGGGACCCCCAUGGAGCAGCAGCAGCCCUCCCAGCCCCAGUCUCAGCCACCUCAGCAGAACUCCAUGUUUCAGAACAUCUCCCCCCAUCCACCUGCAAACACUCUCUCUCAGACCCAGCAGCAGCAGGCUGGCCUACUGUUCUGCAGCAACCCCCUCUCCACUCCAGAGCAGCCCCCCAGUCUGCUGUUCAGUGGCCAGGGCCAGAUGCCCCCCAUGAGCAGCAGCAGCCUGAACUCUCAGGAGCCCCAAAACCCCUCCAUGCUGUUCUCUCAGGCCAGCAUGGUGACGGUUAGCCAGCAGGAAUCCUCUGAGCCCAUGGCCUUCCUGGACCAGAGCCAGGUGGUGGGGAACCCCUCAGAGCCUCGCCAGCAGGGCCUGUUCCAAGAGCAGCAGCCCAUGCAGCUGAUCACCAGCUCCAACAACGGCCCAGAGCAGCCCGUCUCUCUCUUCAUGCCCCAAUCCAACAUGGCUGCCCUGCAGGGUUGCAUGGCUGCCCAGGUGCUCCCGCAGACAGGCAUCUUCAGCACUCAGAAUGGGGUGGCAGGCCUGCAGACCACCACCUCCUCCCCCGUGCAGCAGCCAGGGUCUCUGUUCCACACAGCAGUCAGUGGGAGCCUCAACCAGCCCAGCGAGACCCAGCAGCCAGGCCUCUUCCUCUUUGGGAUUCAAAACGAGUGUGGCCAGCUGAUAAACUCUCCUGGAACCACUCUGUCUGAUCAGAUCAUUGCCAUCAGUCAGUCUGGUCAGAACCAGAGAGAGAGCGAGGCCCAGAUCCAGUCGCUGCUCAACCAGUCCAUGUCUGAGUCAGGGAGCAUGCAGAACAGCAUGACGGCCUCCCAGAACAUGGAGAAGAUAGAUGACCUGCUUGUCAGCCUGCAGGAGCAGGGCAACAACCUCACUCGCUCCUACUAGGCCUGCUAUAGGUUUCAGGAGCCCAGAAGACCCCCAGUUUGGACCCCCCCUUACAGAUGGCAGAAGACCCCCAGUGUGAACCCCCAUUACAGAUGGCAGAAGACCCCCGGUGUGGACCCCCAUUACAGACGGCAGAAGAAUGAAAACAAACUCAACGGUGGGCUCCUGUCCGAACUCCAAGUUACAUGUAAGCCUCAGCGGCCUUUUUCUCCAAGGACAGUCUUCAUGUGUAGAUGCUCCACAGUGGCGGUGAGCGGGGCACCAGUCCUCCACUGCAUCUAAACCUGGACCUCAAAAUAGGACAUAGGUUGUAGUUACCCCACAACUGUCAGUGUGUUCAGUGUAUCUCGCAGCUAGUCGCCUCCAGCUCUUAAUGAAACAUGACACUAUGUAAUGUUUGGCUAACUCAUCAGUUCUCAGAGCAGCACUUUGCGGUGUGGUUUUAUAAGGAUGGUGGUAGAAGCUAGCACAGCAUUCUGUCUUCUCCAGGACCAGCGUGUGGGCUCACAAUUGUUUAUAACGCAUUGUUGUCCUUUUUAUACGAAAUUAAAAGUAUUUUAGGAAAUAGCAAAAGAAAAUAUACAGUUCGUGAAAAAUAAACCUUUGUAAGAUACUUUGACUUUAGUUCUUUCAGCACUUUACGAUGCUUUCCUUUUGUGGCCAGUUACUCAUUAAGUUGGCCUAUGCAUUCGCUAGUCAGCUAUUUAGUCAGUACAUCUCGACAACUUUAUUACUCAUGCAUGUGUUUUGAGUUAUGGCUUUAGUUUUUUUAUUGUUCCUUUCAUGAAAUACCAGUUUCUUAUUGGCAGCCAUCUUCCCAUUACCCAUUCAUGAGAAUAACUCCAAAUAUUUGAGUAUUACACCAUGGAUUUCUUUCCCUGAUUAGACUCUGUAGUACGAGAGAUGCUCUAGAUUAGGGUCAAUGUGGAUCAAGAGAAAAGAAAUCAUCCAGCCUUUAAAUGAUUAAUUUCCAGUCUACAUAAUUAAAUAAUAGGCCUACAUUUUGAAUAAAUCAGAACCAUAUAUGUGUACUAUAUACCAGUGUGCACGGUUGUCUGAUGUAAUUAAAGAGUAUAUUGUUAUUUGUAUCAUUCUAUCGCAAAUGUAGUUAAUGUGUUGUUUUGUAAGGAUGUCUCCAUGGAAGAUGUUUGUUUUAGCUCACGUCUGGCACGCACAAACUGGACUUUUAUCCAUAGAUCAGAGAGGAGUUUUCCGUAUGUUUGUCUUACUGUAAAAUACCAACUCUCUUGCCGACAGUGGGCCAACCCAGGACCUGAGUCAAGGCCUCAAGUCACAGCCUCCUUUUUCGUCUUCAUGAAUGGCCAGUUUUAUGGCUCAUAUUGAUUGGUGUGUUCAUAUUUGUCGUUUGAGACUCGCCAUGUUUUGACAGGAAGAAAGUGGUGAAAGUGACUGGAGCAGUUAUCUGUUUUGCCUUGACCAUGAAUGGUUGUUUGUAGUUGGAUUAUUAGUGUCAGGCGUGAUAUACAGGUGUAUGAUCUUAAUUUGAUCACUCUUUUGUUGCUGAGAAUUUUCCUGCACUGCAAGAAAAACUUUUAUUAUUAUUAUUUGUAUUUUAUCGUUUUUGUAUAUAUUUUUAUUGUACUUUUUAACCCCAAUUUCAUGAUAUCCAAUUGGUAGUUAGUCUUGUACCAUCGCUGCAACUCUGCAACUGCAACACGACUCUGCCAAGCCGCACUGCUUCUUGACACACAGCUCGCUUGUGUGUCAGAUUUCGACUUUGAAAUUUCAGACUUGAUUUACCCUAAUGAAAAAUGUAUCAAUCCCUACAAAAAUGUCCAUUAAUUAUAAUCCACAGAAUAAUUCGCAUUUCCUUUUGCUGCAGGAUUAUUUUUCUGCUGUAACAAACUGGCUCAAAUUAAGACUCUACACCUGUACUGCUGCCAAACUGGUUUGUGCUUUUAUUCUUUACAUGUGAGUAUUGGGCUGGAGUGGAGCCAUCAGUAAGAUUGUGUCUUGUUUUUAGUCUGAAUCUGAGUAUACACAUGAACAAGGGGCUGGCCUCUGAUGACAACAAGAACAGCUUCGUUGAGUGCCUCCAUCUUUCUCUCUUAGUGUUGUUGUCUUUUAUUGUGGGUUCUUAACAUCAUUACCUCUUAUUCACUUUAAAAACAAGCAGAUGUUUUAAAUGGAGAGUAUUUAAACUAUUUUUAGUAAUGUGAUUGGUGGGGCCCCAUAUUCCCCAUCCCAGAGCUUGAGCUGUGUUCUUUUAGAUAUUUAAAGGGACCCUACUCAUGAAGAAUGAACCGUUAAGUUGCUUUGGAGAAAAGAGCUGUCUGUGAUUGGCUUUCUUCAACUCUUGUGAAAUAUUAGUAGUUUUGUUUCUAAUAGUCAUGAGUAUUUGUGAAUUUUUAUAAGAUUUACAAAUAUUUUAUCAUAUCUUUUUUACUGGUGUAGUUCUAAUACAUCUUUUUAGAAAUCAUAUCUAAUUUAUUUGGUAUUUUUUGUCUUAGAUAUUGUCUAAAUUGUGUCCCACAAUCAUAUUUGUGCUACAAAUGACUUGAUGUACAAGUUUGGUUCUGAUUUAACUCCGUAAUUGUAUUAAUAUUAGUUAUGUGGAUUUGGCCCUUCCCCACCUGUUGAAACUGUAGUUGGCUGUGGUCUUGUGUGACAUAUCUGUCAGUGAAGCUUAUCUUCUCCCUGUAGAAGUGAGGACAGGGAUACAACUUUAUGAUUGAGGGAGUUAAAAUGUACCAUGUACACUGAGUCACAUGUACAUUCCUGUGCAUUGUUUUCUUCCCUUUGAUAGAUUUCUGUUCAUAUGCCAGGUUGAGAUCAAUUGUACAGUAUGUUUGUCCAAAUCUGAUAGUUUAAAGUCAACUCCUUGUGAUAUCAUUCAUGAAACAUUGAACCUAUACUGUCACAUCUACAACUUAUUUCACCUCUUGAAUAAGGAAAGUGCAGGAAGUUAUUGGACAACUAUGCCAGUUAUAAAGCCAUACAGACAGUUAAAACAGCAUCUAUUAAAUAAUUGUUAAUAGGGUUUACAAAAAACUCCAAACGCAGAAUGUGUUUGUUACCUCAACCCGAGCAGGUUGCUAAUCAGGCCACCUUACUCAACAUUGGACCAAUUACAAUGAUAAAGUACAUUCUUUAUAUAUAGUAUACCUACAAUAUUUUGGCGGCAACAUGUUAAUGUUUUGUGUUAUGAAUACACAAUAAGAUUGUUAUUUUCAAGCAUAAGCAUAUUGAGUGUAAAAAUACCUAUUUUCAAAUGUAACCCAUGAAUAUCUCAUGUAGUAUGAGCUUUGACAAAAUAGGAGGGCUAUUUGUCAACUAGGCUACAUGUUUUACAUUGAUGACGACAUGAGUCUUUGUAAUUGAGUGUCGCUAUACUUUAUUGUGCCGGUAAAGGUUUAAUUUAUUGAAGACCUAAAAAUGAAAGACUUUUCCUACUCAACCAAUGACUACAGAAAUGCAGGGGUCACCUUGAAAGUUCAGCUAUAUUUUUACCAUAUUUGCACCCAGACUAACCAAUGAUUUAUGACAUCAGUGUACAGCAAAUAUAUUUUAGAAGUAUUGCUCAGUACAUUGGAUGAUAUACUUGUGCCUUGACAAACUUUUAUAGUAGAGACCAGAUUUAUCUUGUACCAUUGUUGCCUGUUUUAUUCACCACUGUGACACUAAUGUCAGUGGUUAUUAGCCCUUGAUAACUAGUAUCUUGCAAGCCAUACGACUUGUGUGCUUCAAAUGCCGUACAGAAAUGAGUGACCAGAUAAAUGUAUAGUGUUGUGCAUCUGAUUUAUUUUCACAGAAAUAUGAAUUGCAUUUGUUUAACGUCGGUGCAAUUUAAGUUUUGUCUCAAACUGCUAUGCAGCUAGAUUCAAUAUAAAAUGUAUAUCUGUUACUUUUUUAAUAUAUAUUUUAUCUAUCUAGCCUCUCUUGAUUGUUCAUUGCAAAGGGGAACCUAUAACGAAAUAUUGUAAUUAUGUUAAUUAUUUAUGUAACUUUUUGAAAUAGUAUUGAUACUGUGUGCCACCGGGAUUUGUUUUUAUUUUUAUGAUUGGGCUUGUGUCAGUCAAGACAAACCCAAAUUUCACCUAAUUCAAACAAACUUGUCAUUCAGAAUUUUCAUCAUGGGUGUUUUGUUUUUAUUAUAAAUGUCAUCAGUUAGUCUGUUCACACACUGUUCUGUUUGUGUCCCCUUAAUCUGUCUGGCUUUGGUUUGAUGUGAAAGUCUGCUUUAUUUCCAUUCAUUUCUUUUCUGGUGAUCAGUAGUGAACCUGUUGAUAGCACUGACAGGUUAUAGGUAUGGGGAGUGCAUAUCACCUAUGUGUUUUUAGCUACCAUGUGAACAACUGUUAAAUAUUACCCUUUAAAAAAUGUAUCUAUAUGAAAUGUAUUUUUGCUUUUGUUGGGGCAUUUGUAUACUCUUGCAAUUAUAUUUAUGUAAACCUGCUGGUAUCUAUAUUAAUAAAGAUAGAUGAUAUGUUUUCCUUUGACUA